AUUACUUAUCGGUACAGAUGCCCCAAAGGUAAUGGAGCCUUGGGAGCUGAUAAACAGCCAGGAUGAAGGGCCCUAUGCAGUAAGGACCAGGAUUGGUUGGGCCAUUAAUGGUCCACUGCGCGGUGGAUCUGACGGUAGGGGUAAGAGUGUCUGUCCUACUGUAACAACAAACCGAAUCUCUGUUGAUCAUCUGCAAGAAAUGCUGGUUAAGCAAUACAAUCAUGACUUUAAUGAGAAAUCAUCAGAGGAGAAGAUUGAAAUGUCCAGAGAAGACAUCAAGUUCAUGGAUCUUAUGAACAAUACCGUAAACUUAAUAGAAGACCACUAUUGCAUCGACUUACCUUUCAGACAGGAAAAUCCCAUGAUGCCAAACAAUCGCUGUGUUGCAGAACAGCGCCUCCAGAGCCUGAAAAGAAAGUUCAAUAAAAAUGGACAUUUUAAGGAGGAAUAUGUUGCAUUCCUGAAUGACAUGAUCAAUAAAGGAUAUGCAGAAAGGGUACCUGAUGACCAAAUGAGACAAAGUGAUGGAACGCUUUGGUACAUCCCCCAUCACGGUGUCCACCAUUCAAGGAAAGGUAAACUGAGAGUUGUGUUUGACUGUGGAGCUGUGUAUAAAGGAACAUCUUUGAACAGCCAGCUCUUGCAGGGUCCCGAUCUUACCAGCUCUCUCAUUGGAGUCCUCCUCCGAUUUCGGCAAGAACCUGUGGCAGUAAUGGCAGACAUCCAAGCCAUGUUUCAUCAAGUUCGUGUCUCAGUCAAGCAUGUUGACUUUCUCCGCUUCCUCUGGUGGCCUCAGGGAGAUACUGCACAGUCUCCAGUAGAACAUCGAAUGAAAGUACAUCUGUUUGGGGCUGUAUCAUCACCAAGUUGCGCAAAUUAUGCUUUGCGGAGAACAGCAGAUGAUAAUGCACAACAUUUCUCUUCUGAUGUAGUGAACACAGUCAAAUGCAACUUUUAUGUGGAUGAUUGUUUGAAAUCCAUGGCAUCGGAAGAAGAGGCAGUGCAAAUGGUAAAGGAUUUGACUGCGCUUUGUCAGAAAGGAGGAUUCAAUCUUUCCAAGUGGAUCAGCAACAGCCGCAAAGUGCUAAUGUCAAUUGCAGAGGACAGCAGAGCAAAGGAGAUCAUGGACUUGGACUUGGAUACAGACCAACUUCCAGUAGAGCGAGCACUGGGACUACAGUGGUGCAUUGAAUCUGACAAAUUCAAAUUCAGGACGUCUGCAAAAGAACAGCCACAGACCAGAAGAGGUAUUCUGUCAGUGGUCAGCUCAUUGUAUGACCCUUUGGGAUUUUUAGCUCCAUUCAUUUUACCAGCCAAGUUGCUUCUCCAGGAACUAUGUCGGAGGAACCUGGGCUGGGAUGAAGCCAUAAUGGAGUUCUCCCGUAAGAAAUGGUCCAACUGGCUUGAAGAUCUUCAAAAGGUAGCAGAGUUUGAGGUGGAUCGCUGUUUCAAGCCCAGAGAAUUUGGAGACCGCGUCGUUGCACAGCUUCAUCACUUUUCCGAUGCAAGUGAGGUUGGAUAUGGAACAGCAUCCUACUUGAGACUACAAACUAAUGGUAAAGUUUAUGUUUCAUUUCUCUUGGGAAAAGGUAGAGUUGCUCCACUCAAGCAGAUGACAAUUCCUCGCUUGGAACUCGUAGCUGCAGUUCUUGCUGUUAGGGUUGCUAAGCUGCUGCAAAAGGAGUUGCAGCUUCAACUGAAGGAAUCCGUUUUUUGGACUGACAGCACGACAGUCCUUAAAUACAUACGGAAUGAAACCAGCCGAUUCCACACCUUUGUGGCAAACAGAGCAGCUUACAUCCGAGAAGCAACUGAUGUGGAUCAGUGGAGGUAUGUGAGCUCUAAAGAGAAUCCAGCAGAUGAAGCCUCUAGAGGAAUGAGAGCUGAGGAUUUCCUAAAAAACAGGAGGUGGAUAAUUGGACCAGAGUUUCUCUGGAGGCCAAAAGAGGAAUGGCCUAAAUUGGAGGUGGAUCUUGAUGGAGUUCCUGUAGAUGAUCCAGAGGUUAAAAGGAACCUGAUGGUGAAUGCUGUUAUCAAGAUCCAGGAAAAUGCCACAACCAGCUUAAUCAGUUACUUUUCCAGUUGGACGAAGCUAAAAACUGCAGUUGCUUGGUUUUUAAAGAUCAAGAUGAUUCUCAAGAUUCUGUGCAGGAAGAGGAUGGAAUUUUCUGCUGUUCCAUGUCAAAGGGUUGAAGGAAGAAUGCAGAGUUUCAAGGUCACACUCAAAGGACAGAGUUUGACGCCCGAGGAUUAUGACAAAGCAGAGAAAGCAAUUGUGCAAUAUGAACAAAGAGAGAGGUUCAAGGUUGAAAUUGCCUCACUGAAGAACGGGUUUAAAACAGUUUCUAAAGAGAGCUCAUUGUACAAAUUGGACCCAAUAAUGGAUGAUGGGAUGCUCAGAGUGGGCGGCCGGUUGAAUAAAGCAGCACUGCCAGCAGAGUCCAAACAUCCACUUAUCUUGUCCAAAGACCUGCAUGUAUCCACUCUUAUUCUCCGGCACAUACACCAUCAGUUGGGACAUGCCGGAAGAAAUCACAUGCUAUCCAGAUUGAGGCAGAAGUACUGGAUUACUAAUGCAAACUCUGCUGCCAGAAAAAUCAUAUCGGACUGUGUUGUAUGCAGACGUGACAGAGGAAAGCUUCUUGAACAGAAGAUGGCAGACUUGCCUGAGGAGAGAGUGUUGCCUGACAAAGCUCCUUUUACGGACGUUGGGGUGGACUAUUUUGGCCCAAUUGAAGUAAAAAAAGGCAGAAGUCUUUUGAAAAGAUAUGGAGUGCUUUUCACAUGUUUGACCAGCCGUGCUGUUCACUUGGAAGUAGCAUAUGCACUGGAUACAAAUUCUUGUAUCAAUGCAGUUCGCAGGUUCAUCUGCAGACGAGGACCUGUCCUAACUCUCAGGUCUGAUAAUGGCACAAACUUUGUUGGAGCUAACCGGGAGCUGAAGGAGAGUUUGGAUGCUGUGAACCAUGUCAGAAUUCAAAAGGUUCUGGUCCAGGAUGGCAUAGAAUGGAGGUUUAAUACCCCCUCCGCUUCUCAUCAAGGGGGUAUUUGGGAACGCUUGAUCCGUUCAGUAAAAAGGGUUUUCACCUCAGUUUUGCAACAGCAAAGCCUGGAUGAUGAAGGGCUCCAAACAAUUUUUUGUGAGGUUGAGGCAAUAUUAAAUAGCAGACCCAUCACAAAGGUUUCCGACGACCCGGAUGACCUUGAAGCACUCACUCCCAAUCACAUCCUGACGUUGAAAGGCAAACCUAUCAUGCCACCAGGACUAUUUGACUCAAAUGAUCUGUACCUCAGAAAAAGGAGAGACAAAAGUGGACAAGGCCAAGAAGGAGUCUCACCACCGGAGACAUCGUCCUUGUGGCAGAUGCUGCGGCUCCAAGAGGAUCAUGGAUGAUGGGGAAAGUUUUGGAUGUCAAAUCGGAUGCUAAGGGACUGGUGCGCUCUGUGCGUCUUCAAACAAAGACCAGCAUCCUGGAGAGGCCAGUGACGAAGCUCUGCCUGCUAUUGGAAGCAGCGGUUUAGCAUCAUUGACAUUGACUCACUGA